UGGAUGCUGCGGCAGACAAGCCGGCCACAAAGGUAGCUGGUUCGCUGUUGGCCAUUUCUCUGUGGUGAUGGUUCCCAAAAUUCUGCACAUCCAAUCAUCCAUAUAGCUUAAGAAUCCUAAUAUUGUUUUCAAAUCUAACUAAUUUAAAGGUUCCCACAACUUUUAACCCAUUACAAUAAAAACUCACACUUCUAAACCAUUACAAAUUAGUCCUCAAUUACUUACAAUUUAGUCCAAUUACAAAAACAACUAUUCUUCCUUGUGAUUGAAGUAAUCACAAUGGUCAGUUCAUAACAUUAAUGUUCUUUAACUUAUAAAAUUAUAAUUAAUCAAAAACACAAAUAAAUGAGUUUGCCUGGUAAUCCCACGCAAGUACGGAUCUACAUCAUGUUUGUCUCCGAUGUGAGGGAACAACCUCUUGCCUGUGCACAUCUCAGCUAUACAAACAGAAAUCAAUUUAGAUAAGUGAUAAUCUCAUGAAAUUAGAAAUCAAAGCAAUUACAGAAAUCAAUUGAGUCAAUUGGACGAAAUAUUGGAUACCUAUUAUGCACCCGCACGCCCAAGAAUCAACUGCGUCACUGUAGUGCUUGGCACGAAGAAUCAACGGCGGCUUAAGGAGGGACACUGUGAGAGACUUCAUCCGGCAGAUUCUGCUGGGAUUGGCUCACUGCCACCGGAACAUGGUUAUCCUCCGUACCUAAACCCAACCAAGAUCCUUCUUCUCGCCGAUGGUCGAAUCAAGAUCCGAAACUUCCAAGAUGCUAGGUAUUUGGGGGAGAUAUGUUUGAUACCGAAGAAGAAAGAAAUUUGAGCCCUAUCAUCGCUCUCCAGAAGGCCUACUUGGCACCGGAGCUGAUGCUUCGUGCCAAGCACUACACUGACGCAGUUGAUUCUUGGGCGUGCGGGUGCAUAAUAGCUGAGAUGUGCACAGGCAAGAGGUUGUUCCCUCACAUCGGAGACAAACAUGAUGUCGAUCCGUACUUGCGUGGGAUUACCAGAGUUUUGGGAACCAUCACCACAGAGAAAUGGCCAACAGUGAACCAGCUACCUUUGUGGCCGGCUUGUCCGCCGCAGCAUCCAGAGGGUUUACUAGCCUAUGAUCCUGGUAAGAGAAUGAAGGUUAAAGAUGCUUUGAACCAUCCCUUCUUUGAAGAAAAUUAGGAUAGUUUGGGAGCUGAGAAGGAGAGACUUGAAGAAAACUUGCCAGAAUGAAAUCCGUAAUCGCAGUUGGCUGCUCGACUGAAGCUGCAUUUUUUGCUUCCGUGCUCCAGUCCUGUGUUUUCCCGCUUCAGCAGUAUUAAGGUCAGUUGGGGUUAGAGAGGCCAAUGAAAAACAUAGCAACUUUUGAAAACCAUAAUCGUUCUAGCAUGUAGAAGAAAUGUUAGUUUUACAUAGCUGAGGAUGUAUCUCCAUCUCGGCGCUCGUAACCAAAUUCAGCUUUGUAGAUUGUUCUAGUUCUAUUGUGAUCGACAUGAAAUGUUAGUUUUCGAACUUUACCAUCACAUUGUCCAUGAAAAAGUAUAUGAAUGGCUUGUUGUUGUCGAUCU